UGUGCGUGGAACUGUGUUCCCUUAGAAAGACGAGAAGCUCCCUAUUCGCCCCGCUUUCCGCCGGUGGAAGACAAAUAGGCACCCACACGCACCCCCUCUCUUCAGGGCUUGCUCCGGCGGUGCGAAGGGAGCGGGGCCUCCGUGGCGCCCGGCACCGGAUUGUGGCCUCGGAGCACUGGCCCUGAAAAGCCUUGCGAGCAACUUCGCAGCCGUCUUCCGAUUCUCUCAACCUGUGCGAGGGUUUUCCAGCUCCAGGAAGGGAAGAAAGCUCAUCUGUGGCAAGAUGGAUCCUUUGGAGAACAAUUUGUUUGAUCUUCCCGAUUAUGAGAAUACAGAAGAUGAAACGUUCCCACCUCUUCCACCUCCUGCCUCUCCAGGAAGAGAUGAUGUUGAAUGGGCUCAAGCUAAUGGAGAAGCAGAUGGAAACCAGCAAUCACAAACAAAGGAUUCUGCAGUAGCUACACGGAAAGCAGUUAAAAGACACAUGCCGAAACUAGAUGCCUCUAGGUUAAUUUCAGAAAGAGGACUUCCAGCACUAAGACACAUGUUUGACAACGUAAAGUUCAAGGGUAAAGGGCAUGAGGCAGAAGACCUGAAGACACUCAUACGACACAUGGAGCACUGGGCUCACAGACUCUUUCCAAAAUUGCAGUUUGAGGAUUUUAUUGACCGAGUGGAGAUGUUGGGAAACAAAAAGGAAGUUCAGACCUGCCUCAAGCGGAUUAGACUUGACCUUCCUAUUUUACAUGAAGACUUUGCAAGUAAGGAAGAUGGUGAAGGGGAAAGCAAUGGACUGGAUGCAGCUGCUGAAGAUGAACGUACCUUCUCUGGAAAGGCAGAGGAACUCAACUCUCUGCCUGGUACAACCCUCACAGAAGAACAACAAGAGCGAAUCAAGAAGAACAGGCAGCUGGCCUUGGAACGUCGGCAGGCAAAGCUGCAGUGGAACAGCCAGUCUCAGCAGAACGAGCUCUCCACUGGUUUCUCGGAAGAGUUUAACACCCCAGCUGAUCAGGACCCUGCUGACCUCGUUGAAGACACUCAAGUUAGCACAGCCACAGUUACAGUUACAGAAGCUAAGAAUGGAGAUACAGAAUUGGACUAUACCAGUGAAAACCAGUAA